AUGACACCAUUGAAAUACCUCGCUUUAAUCGCUUUCACCAUUGUGCAUGAAGUCAAUGGAAUGGGUAUAUUAAGUAACGGAAUAAAUUGUGAUGGCGUUGAAUAUUCUGGCCAGAACCUCGAGCAAUAUCUCAAUACGCUUUGCUCUUCUCAAGCGCAAGGUUUGUAUGGUCUAAAUCAUCAUAGCUACCCAAGACAGACUUUCGGCCUUGGAACUGGGCUCAUAUUAUUUUUAAUAAAUCUCCCUACCAUAUCAUCGGGUGGUACAAUGCAUUACAAUAUCCCAUCCAAACACUACCUUGCUGUUAAUGAACACUGUGUUUUCUAUUAUGGUGCUACAAUUACCCAACCGCUUCAAGGUAAUCAACAAGUGGCAAGCGACCAGAUAGAGAGAUGUGAACCAUUGACUUGA